AUGCUCAAUGCUGAAGAAAGUAACAUUGAAGAAUGGAUAAAAUAUGAUUAUUGUCAACAAGAAGUUAAUUCAAGCGAAUUUGAACCACCAAAAUUUUAUGAAAGUGAAUAUUAUAGAGAUGAUAUGGAAACCAAGUACAACCGAAAAAGGUUUGAUGAAAUAAUGAAGAGUGAUACUGAAUAUGAAUUAGGUGAUAAUGAAAUAUCAUUGAACAUGUAUUCUAAAGAGUUAGAUAGAAUAAUUUUAAGUAGAGGAGUUGUUGAGAAUAUUUGGUAUGUUGAAUUAGAAAGUCAUGGACAAAUUAUAUGGUCCAGUGUAAUUACUUGUGACUUUUUUAAAUAUGAAAAUGAUAAAGAUGAUGAAAAUAUGAUAUAUGAAGGCUUGAGUUCCAAAAUGACUUGGGACAAAAAACAAUUAUUUGGUAAUGAUAUUAAUGUAAUAACAAAAAAAAAAUUACAUGAAUUAUUAUUAAAUGAUGGAAUUGAUGAUAAUGCUACUAUACAACUUUUUACUUCAAUUGGAAUGUGGAAAUCAUUAUUUCUUACAUUGAAUUAUAGUACAUAUAUUAGAAGAAAACGAGAAAUUCUUUAUUCAAAACAAGUUAAAAAUUAUAUAAUUAAGUUUAAUAAAAGAAAAAAGACUAUAGAAAGAAAAAUGAGAAUAAAUCCUGAUGAAAAUGAAAGGAAAAAUUUGAUUAAGUUAAUAUAUCAAGGAAUUCAAAGCUUAUUUACUUCAAUUUUUCCUCAUAGUAAGAAUAAUAACAAUAUUUGUUAUGAUAAUAAUCAAACUCAUCAGGACAUUUUUAAAGUUACAUAUAAGAUUCCGUUUUAUUGGGCAUCUUUGAUUGCUAAUAUAUAUGUUUUUGAAAAACUCGGGGAUUAUGAAUUAAUGUUUAUUGUAAUGGAAUAUAUUUCAGAAGUUAAUCCAGAACUCAUUUUUGAAUUUAAAAAAUAUUCAGAAUCUUUUUAUUACAAUAAUAAAUUAAAUGAAAACCAAAACAUAAUAGAUAUGCUUUUUAUAUUUAAUAAUGAACUUUUGCAAAAUACUUCAACAUGCUUUCAAGAAUAUCUUUCAGAUUUACUAUCAAUUACUGAGAAAAGUACAUUUAUUCUGAGCUCUUAUCUAAGUAAUGAUACAGAAAAGCAAUCUUAUAAUAUUGAGUAUGAGAAAGACCAUCAAAUUCAAUUUGAUUAUAGAAAUCAAGAUGAGAAUCAAAUUAAAAUAAAUAAUCAAGAUUUAAAAAAAGAACCAAAUUAUAUGAGGCCAACUAGACUUUCGGAGAUUAGAAGACAAAACAGUAAAAAAAUUAUUAAUGAAAGAGUUAAUUCUAAGUUUGAUGAUGAAAACACUGUUAAUAAUAAUGUUAGUAAUAAUAGCGAUAACAUAAUUUCAGAUCAAGUUAAAUUAAACAUAAAACAGAAUCAGGAGAAAAACAUUGUUAAAGAUAGUGUAAACAGCCUCUCGAAUUCAACAAAUGUUCAAAAUACUAAGAAGAAAAAUAUUGGAUUAUUUAAAAGAAAAAGUUUAAUGGCUUCUAAAAAAAAUGAUGAAAAAUUCAACACUGAAAUUUCUAAUUGUAUGUCAGAAAAUCAAAUAAAAAUAGGCCUAAAUGAAUCUUCUAAUAAAAAUGACCAAGUAAUCAAAACCAUGAAUAGUAACUGUAUAGAAACAAAUAAUAAUAUGGUAAUUAAUGAAAAUGUAAAAAAUGAACCAAAUGAAAAAAAUAACUUAAACGUGAUUUUGAGUAUAUUGGAAGAAAAAUCAAAGUCUCAGAUUGUCAAUAAAGUUAAUUUUGAUGACGAACUUUUCAAUAUUAUUAAUGAGUUAGAUAAGAUUAAUUUUAAUAGUGUAAAUACUACAAAUGAUAUUUCUACAAACAUUUCAGAUGACUUUUCUCAUCAUGUGGAUUCAAGCAAUAAGUUUGAGAAUGAAAAAGAUGACGAUUUGGAAGAUUCUUUUAGUGAUUCUAGAGAAAGCCUAAUCAAUGAAGAAGAAGAUUUCAAGAAUUUGGAUAUUCAAAAUAAUAAUAAUGAAAAUCAUUUACAGGCGAAUAAUAUUAAGUCUCAUUUAGAUCCAUAUGAUUGGUAUUAUUUAUCCAAUAAUGAAAAUGAUGAUAACGAAAAUAUUCAAAUUAAUAAUUUGAAUAGAAAAAGUCCAAAAGAAAUUUAUGCUAAUAAUGAAAAGAUUACAACAUUAAUAAGUUUAGAUGAAAAUAAGAUAUUAAAUAAUCAUGUAAUUAAUAAUAUUUCCCAAUCAAAAGAUGAUAUCAAAAAAAUUGAAAUAGAAGAUGAUAAAUCUUCAAAUAUGGAAAUAAAUGAAUUAAAAUACAUAGAAAGUAUAUUAGAUAAAGAAAUAGAAGAGUUACAGAGACAAGAAGAUGAAUUAGCAUCAAACAUAUAUUUUUAG